CACACCGCUGCCCGCCCGCGGUGGGGCCGCCUCGGGGGCUGCCGCCAGCCCGGGGCCUUGGAAGAGCCUCUCCCUGGCGGGGAAGGGGCCUCGUGUCGGCGGGCGCGCAUCAGCCUCGCCGGGGUUCCUGGAGCGCCGCGGCCGGAGUGGCACCUCUGGAUCGGUGCAGUAUUCCGGCACUCGUGCACCUACUCCCGUGUAGAGUAAUGGCAAUGCUCAGCUUCCCGGCCUUUAUUUUAAAAUUGGACGAGUCGUGCUGCUUUCUCUGGUCUUCUGACUUCCAUCUGCCUCCUUUACCAGCCUGUCCUCUUGUUGGGGUGGGCACAUCUAAGAAAGUGAACUUUCAGUUCAGAGCCUGCUCCCUGCCAUUCUCCAAACACUUUGUUACAUAGCUCAAAGUCCUGCUGGCUUUGUGUAUGUGCUGGUUAUGUUGUCUGGUUGAGCUGGAGAAUUCAGCUGGCACAAGAUAAAGAUGUGUCUGUGGGGAACACAGGGCCUGUGACCCUGGCUGUCAGAUGAGAGCAUGUGUAGUUAUUUGUCUCAACCACCAAUCCAAACAUGGUGUCUUUUGCCUGAAGAUCUUCUCUUUGUGCUGGCUAUGUUGCCCACUUACUUUCAUCUCUUGCACAUAAGGGUGCUUCUGUGCUUUGAGAAAUAACUGCUUGUCAGACUGGUUCUUGUGUCUCUGCAGGCCUAGCUGGGCUUUCUACCAUGAAGACAUCUGUCAGUUGUCGUCUAUAUGAGAAGUGGUUAACCAAUUUCUUCUGGGCUGAGAUCCAGCACUCCCUGUAAAACAUGUCUGAGCAUGUGGCUUGUGCAGCUUGGAACUGGGGCUUCACCACACUCCCUCUUUCCGUGUUCUGGGUCCCAGGGACUUAAUCUGGCCUUUUCUCUGCCUGUGCCAGUCCCAGGCAGGAAUGGGGCCCCAAGACUUUGUGGGAACUGAAGAGCUUUUUUUGUUGUUGGCAUCCCAUCUGUGCCUGAGGAGGAUUGUUGGAGUGUGAGGCUGAGUGAGAAGAGCCACUGCCUGACAUCAGCGCUGAGGGGACUUUGGAGCUGGGGCUCUUAGGGACACGUUUGCCAGGCUCAGGCAGAUCAGUAGGAUUCGGUUGCUUUUCCUGAGCUAUCAGUGCUACAAGCCCUCAUCCUCUUGGAGGCAAGUGAGUUAUUAUGCCACCUACAGCAUUGUGCCCUCUCAGCACUCAGCCCCCAGCUCAGUCAGGGCUCAGUUCCCCAGCUCACAUUGCAGGGACCUGUUGCUGCUGUGUCUGCCUGAAGCACCUUCCUUAUUUCUUUAGGACAAGUGUCAUCCAGAGUGGUGGUGCUUAGUGGAACAAUCAGGCUGUGGCACAAGGAGAUGCUGUGACUUCACUGGGUUGAUUCCUUUAUUGCAGGUGGUAUGAGAGUCUCAGAUGGAGUAGAGGGAUUGGCAAUUUUCUUGCUUGGAAAAUGCUCUUGCUCUGCUCUGCUUUGCUUGGUGGGACAAUGGCAGGCAUGGCUCCAGCUAGAGGGGGAAUGCCCAGUGUUUUGGGGUACUCUUGUCACUGGCAUCCCACUGAUGCACCUAAGCAGGCCUGCUGCCUUCUGCCUUUGGUUUGGCUUUCAGGGUACACACCUGAUUUGGGUGGAGGCACAGGGAGGCUGCACCUAGCGCUGAGUCUUGUCACAGCUUCCUCUCUCCAUCACUGCCAUCACAACUAUAGAAGAAAGAAGUUUGGGAAGAUGCAGUGAGCUCCAUGGGACAAGGCUGUCUCAUGACCACUUUGAUCUGGAUGAAGAACAGGCUGAGAGUAGGAAGACAGGUGCUGGCUACAACUUCCCAGCACCUGUUUAGGUUACCUGUGGUCACAGAUGUGCCAGGAGCUGACCUAUGAACAUACCCAGAUGCAAUUUUCCCAUUCCCCUUGCCCCCCUUCUGUGUCAGGUUUGUUCAGAAUACUGGACAUUCUGUGUUGGAAAUGGAGAGUUUGACUCAUGCCACAAAUUCCACAGCUGGAAUUGGGUUCAUGUCUCUUCUUCCUCAUGUCACUUCUUAGUAUGGCAGAAGGAUCUGAGGAGUUUUAUUCUAGUCUUCACAACUCUUCUGGGUGCUAGAGCUCUUCUGCCAGACUUUCCCUGGUACUGGGUAGGGACGUUUGUUAUCCUCUCUGCAUGCAGUGUUCCAGGAAAAGGCACUGCACCUGAGAACAACAUCAGCCUUACUGGAGGCCUUUGGGUGCCUGGAAUCAGGAACAUCCUUGUGAGUAGGCCGGACCAAAGAGGAACUGAAAGUCCUGUGGCCCUUGCUGAGGAUGUGCUGCAUUCCUUGUGCAUGCCAGGAGCCUCCAGACCCCCUUACACCCUGUUCCUUGUCUGUGCCUUCCCUUUUGCUGACUUCUGCCCAGUGCUCAAAAGUAUCCUUGUCUGAGGUGUGUGUGAUGCCAGCUCCCCUCACCUUCUUUGUCCUGCUCUGCCAACCACUGCCUAGCAGGGCUCUCCUUUCGGCAGGCUCAUGUCUCCCCGCUUCUUGCCUGUCAGUGUUGGUUUUCUACCCAGCUGCUGCGGUGUUGUCAGCGUGCUCCACCCUGACUUGGCUUGUCUGUGGCCUGUUGCAGUGCGAAGAAGCAGCCUACGAGGAGCGGCAGUACCCAGCAGGGAAGUGGGCCUGUGUCACCAUGGGGGAGCCCAUGUAUGAGCAGAGCAUCUCCCUGAGCUUCAUGAAGCUCAUGCGCUACAUCUGCAAGGAGAACUCUGUAGGUUGCCAUCUGGGCAUGACAGUCCCAGUGCUCAAUGAAAUCCACCUGACCAAGGAGGGGACCGAGCUGGAGCGUGAGGUCCUAACUGCCUAUUAUCUCCCAGGAGCAUUCCAGCAAAACCCCCCCGUUCCCACGGACCCUGAAAUCCACAUCAUCGAGAGGGCACCACUCCGGGUUAUAACCAGGGUUUUCUAUGGGAUGACCACUGAGGAGACAAUUCUGCGGGAGAUCAGUCUCUUCUGGGAGCUCUUGGGCUCCACAGACGCGGUGCUGCGGGGAACCUACAUCGUGGCUUCUUAUGAAAACCCCAGCAUCCCUCAGCGCCGCAAUGAGAUCUGGUUCAUCUGCCAGGCCGAGUGAGUCCCCUGUGCCACCGCCAGCCAGCGCCGACUGCACCCGGUGGAGAUGGCACUUCUGACCCAAAGGAGACGGAGCACAUCCCCACCCGCUAUUCAGCCGCACCAUGAGAGACUAAGAGACUGUGGGGUGGGUUUCCAGCCUGCCCUCCAAGGGUCCUGCCAGGGGAAAUCCUGCCUAGCCUGCACUUCACCUGCCCCCACAGCUGAGGCUGAAGCUGGCACCAAAGACGACCUCUAGAGCGAGCUCUUGAUGGGAAGCACGUGGUGGGGGCUCAUUAAGGCAGUAACCGUGUGGGCCUGUGUGAUGUGCUGGCCUGACCUGCACUGGGCUUGCAGAGCUGUGCCAGGGUGGGUCCAGUGGUGGGCAGCAUCACAAGGUGAUGGUGUCUAGAAGGCGAAUGACUGUGUACAAUAUGUGGGGCUCAGUGUGGCCUCUGGCCUGCUUCCUGUGAGAAUGGCUGCCUGUUCUGAACAGAGCCACUGAAAUGCUGCUACAGAGACAGUUGAUUUCAGAGGGGAAAAGGGCUUGAAUUCAGGUGUGAAUCCUGAAUGUUUCCUGCUGGGGUGGUUCUCUUAGGACUGUUGGGUGCCUCCCUGGCUGUCACCAUUCCUCAGCCAGGACUAGGGCGCUGGCAGCCUUUGUCCAUCUCCUGUGGGUGCUGUUUUGCUGGCCUGCUGUGAGCUGAGAGGGGUAGGUCCAGAGAGCAGCAGGAGCGGCAGCACUGUGUGUUGUGUUGUGCAUUGCUUAGUGAGUUUCACAUCCAUGAAUGCCAUCAUGCUUUCCUGGGGGAAGCUGGCAGUGCCAACAGUAAAUAAACCCAGCUCAAACCA